AUGUGUCCGGAUCAGCAAGGAUCCGCCACACUACCUCUGCUGUGGAGGCUCCCGGAUGCCCGGCCUCCGCGUGGUCGAACGGCGGGCCCGGAGUCGGCACGGAGCGAUCCUCAGAGGGCGAGUCGAGCCCCUGUCCCUCGGGGGUGCACAGGUCCUGCCACUCCGUGUGCCGGUCUUUUGCAGAGGCCAGCCGAGCGGACCGAGUGGGCGGUGCCUGCACGCAACGGCCGGGUGGCGGGUCCGAGCCACCCGGUGCAGGGACCGCCCAUGCUGCGCCGGCCUCCCACGGCUGCAGGCGUGGUUCGGCGCCUAUGCUACGCAGUCGAGCACCCGCUGCUUCGGCAGGCCGGGGAGCGCCAUCGAGCGACGCGCUAUUUUAAAUCCACGGCUGAGCUGUCCACUGCUCUGCACAUCAGGCAUUGCCCCCGGGGCCCCCGAGAGCUUCUGCCCUCACUCACGGCGAGACCCAGCGGGGGUGCUGCAGCGCCGACUCUCUCCACCCUGGUUGCAGCGGGCGUCCAGACCUCCACGGGCACGUAG